AUGUAUCAAGUGAAAAAGUUCUUUCCCACCCCCUACUUGGUCGAAGGUUUAAGAGUGCAUCGUUAUGAUCAUUGGCAUACUGCCAAUCAAAUGUUGGAGCACGGACAUGUUGGAUUGUUACUUGACAAGAUCAACAGAGGUAUUGUAGUUCCUUUUCAAGGCAACCAAGCUAUCGAAUUGAUAUGUGAAAAGGUAACAGACUAUGACAUGUUUAUGCAGUUUUACAACCUCAAAAGGAAAUCAUUUCUAUCAAAACAUCUUGUUUCGUGUGCAAUCAAAGGUGGAAAUAUUAGAAUUGUUACGACUCUUCUUGAUCAAGUCGAUCCUAUUACAUUGUGCACAGACAAUGCCUAUGUCGUAGCUGUCUAUAGUGGUCGACUCGAUGUACUAAAGUUGUUGGUCAAAAGAAAAGUCAGCUACUUUGCUACUGACGUAGAUCGUAUCCUAAUUCGAGAUGCCAUUGACGCCAUGGAAGCAUUCGACUUUCUCAAGAAGAGUAAACAAUUCAAAAAAACAAUACCCAACGCUAAAAAAGCAGAGCUCUACAAUGUCAAAAGCUCCGAGCCUCACUUUGAUACAUUCAUAAAGUACCCAGACUUUCUGAAAAGACAUCCCCACAUGCUUGACAACAUACCCUACCUCACUGAAUACAUUCGAUUGCUACAGUGUGGUUUGCAUGUCUUGUGCGUCAAACACGAGCUAGCCGAUCCUAAAAUCAAUAUUCAGGAUUUGCUGAAUUUGGAUCAAUUCGAUUCUCAGCUGUCUCAACACGUAAAACCAGCAUUGGUCCAAUACGCAAGUUUGGAGGAUAUGCCAACUAUCAUUCGUAGCUUAAACUUUACUGCAUUGGGUUAUCGCCAAAUAUUUGAAGCUGCUGCUGCCCGACAAGAUGAAGAUGCACAUUUGGUUGUCAAAUUGCUACACGAUAGUGGGAUGGCUAUACCAAACUACUGGAAUGGAUACAAAGUGGGUUCACAAAAAACAUGGGACUAUGUCUCACCAUUUUUAUCACCAAGGUGCAUCCCACAAUUCCUGCCAGAUACAAGUGUACGUAGAGAUACAACAAAAAGAAUAGUUGAAGUCAUUUGUGUAUGUAUGUCACUGGAAACUCUUCGCUCAAACAAUCAAUACUCUGUAUCUGACUGUUUGUAUCGUGCCAUUGCAAAUGCAAGUGUCCAAAGUUUGGAAUUUGUAAAGGCAAUCUUACAAGAUCCGAAAUAUUAUCGAGCUGUAGAGAUGGACCUCACCAAGAUUGCAUCAUCUGGCUCGAUUCUAAUGAUCGAUUAUUUCAAAUCAUUGUAUCCCCACCUUUAUAAAGAUCACGACCAAGUCCUCGCUCUCGUCAAAUCAGGACAAGUCGAUAUGCUCAAACAUUACAUCACCAUGCAACCAAAAUUGAAGGAUCUUCUUCAAAGCGGUCUUAUCACUCGAAAAGAUAUAAAGGAUAUUAUGACUGGCGAUCAUUAUGAAAUGUUUCUAUACCUUUUGAAAAAGGGGUAUUUGGAAUAUUACAAUGGUCUUCAAUCGACCAAUUCAUAUAGAUGCAAUCCAACCUGGAAUGGUAUUAUUAUAUUUGCAAAAAAUUGUCAUAAUAGAAAAGAAACAGAAGAAGAUGAGAAAGAGGAAGAAGUAGAAGUUCGAGAAGAGGAGGAAAAAGAAGAAGAGGAAGAAGAAGAUGAUGAAGAUGAAGAAGUAGAAGUAGAAGUUCAAGAAUCAGAGGAAGAAGAAAAAGAAAGCAAAAAGAUUCAACCAAAAAGAAAAAAGCCAGCAGAGAAAAAGAAAGAAUCAAAAUCAAACAACACUACUAGAACAACAAAGAAGAAGAUUGAACAACCAAAAAAGAAAUCAAAGAAAUAA